UUUUAAUUGAGCAAGCGUUUCUUAGUGAAUCGCACUAGUGAUAUCAAAAACAGUUCGUGAACAGUUUAGUUAGCAAAGUUUAUAGAAAAAAAAUCUAGCGAUGGUUGUCGCCGUGAAAGUUUUCAAAAAAGCCACUCCAAAUGGCAAAAUCACCGUCUACCUGGGCAAGCGUGACUUCAUCGACCAUGUCGACUACUGUGAACCCGUCGACGGUGUCGUCGUGCUGGACCAGGAUUACCUGCGCGGUCGCAGGGUCUACGGACAGCUAAUCACCACCUACCGCUAUGGUCGCGAAGAGGACGAAGUCAUGGGGGUCAAGUUUUCCAAGGAGAUGGUCCUGUGCAAGGAGCAGGUCUUCCCGAUGGUGAACUCCAAGAUGGAGAUGACCCCGAUGCAGGAGCGUCUGGUCAAGAAACUGGGCGCCAAUGCGUACCCCUUCACAUUCCACUUCCCGAACAUGUCACCAAGCUCGGUGACAUUGCAAGCCGGCGAGGACGACCAGGGCAAACCCCUCGGUGUCGAAUACUCGAUCAAGAUCUACGUCGGCGAAGAGGAUGAGGAGAAGGGCCACAAGCGUAGCAGCGUGACUCUGCUGAUCAAGAAACUGCAGCAUGCUCCGGCCACCCGUGGACGCCGCCUGCCAUCGUCGCUGGUAAGCAAGGGAUUCACCUUCUCCCAGGGUAAAAUCAACCUGGAGGUCACCCUGGACCGCGAGGUGUACUACCAUGGCGAGAAGAUCUCCGCCAACAUUGUGAUCACCAACAACUCGCGGAAGACGGUCAAGAGCAUCAAAUGCUUCGUCGUGCAGCACUGCGAGGUCACGAUGGUCAACGCUCAGUUCAGCAAACAUAUCGCAUCGCUGGAGACCCGCGAGGGUUGCCCAAUUACACCAGGAGCUAGCUUCACCAAGUCAUUCUUCUUGGUUCCACUGGCUUCCAGCAACAAGGAUCGCCGAGGAAUUGCCCUCGACGGACACCUGCGUGACGAGGACGUCAACCUAGCCUCGUCGACCCUGAUCGGUGAGGGCAAGAACCACGGUGAUGCCAUGGGUAUCAUCAUCUCGUACUCGCUACGGGUUAAGCUGAACUGCGGAACCCUCGGCGGAGAGCUGCAGACUGACGUUCCAUUCAAGCUGCUGACCCCAGCACCCGGAACCGUUGAUCGCGAGCGUGUCAAUGCGCUGAAGAAGAUGAAGUCCAUUGAGCGCCACCGCUACGAGAACUCUCACUACGCCGACGACGAUGACAACAUUGUCUUCGAGGACUUUGCUCGGCUGCGAAUGAACGAACCAGAAUAAGCGAAAUCUGCUUUGCAGGUCAGCAGCUUCCAACAAGUGCUUUAGUUUUUAGUUUCUUGCAGCAGUUACGUUCUCACAGCACUUUCCGUUCUUGAUUUAGUGAUCGUUACGGCAAGCCUAUCAUUGCAAGACAACCUUCUAUCGAGAAACUAUGUGAUAUUUCAAAUAGUUGAUUUGCCUCUCUGCUUUGAAAGUCAUUUUAGUUUUCUAUAUUUAGUUUUAAAAGACAUAAAAAAGACAAAAAAGUAACAAAAAAAUAAGCAAUAAGUAACACGACCGUUUCGAUUCAUCGAUUGAUUGAAAAAAAAAAACAACAACUGCGCAGUUGGCGAAAUUAACAAAGGAUAUUAAUUUUCAGCAAGUGAAUUAAUCGGUCAAUCGAACACAUACACAAGCCAAAUAACGAUACCAGAAGUGAAACGAAUCGAAAAAAAUGACAAAUAAGCUACACACUCGGUGCGUCUGCUUGCACGAAGAUCUUACGACCAUCGAAGGCCUUGGUGCAACCAGGAACCGAACUUAGAUUUAGGGGUUUGAAAACAAUUUCUAACUAUUCUGCAGAUGACGUUAUACUUAUAUGAAACAUGGAGUUAUGACAAGCAAGUAAUUCAAAACAUCAAAAUUCGGACCCUAACCCGAUUGUACGAACUGCUCGAGUUCGGUGUGCGUGUUUCGAGCGGUUCGCCUUCUUGGGUUCGGAGCAGAAUUUUAGAUUUUUUUCUUUUUUAACAAAAGGCCGAAUAAUUCUCAUGCGACAAAGCAAAAAAAAAGCAGCCGCGUGAAAACUAUUCGCCCAUGCAAACAAUUCGAGAGCAACACAGGAUGGUACUUAGGUUAAGUCUGGAAAAUCCUCCUUCUCGGAACCGCGAGAGAGACCCGAUGGGGCAUUGAGAUUGUGUGUACCGCAUUUCGAAGUGUGCCUAGGUCUUCGCGAUUCGGUAGCCGCAGGAUUUUCGAUUGCAGCGCUCAGUUUCCAAAGCGUCACCUAAAAAUGCAACAGAUGCCUAAGCCAAUCUAGUAGUUUGGGUCAACCGAAAAAGCGGUUGAAACCGGUUUUAGUUUAGCUUCUUCUGUUAUGUUCAAUGUAAAUGAAAAGUGCAAAUAAAAAAAUCGAUAUUAUCAAUAUCAAGUUACUUUUUACAUUCAGGCAGCAAACAAACAAACCAAAAAUGAUGGUAUUCUAGAAGACUGUAAUAGUUUCUGUUGUGUUUGUUGAUUUGUAUUUAUCAUUGUAUAGUUUACGGUAAAAAACAUAAACAACAUUGGCAAUAAUUAUUCGAAUUUAACAGC